AUGGUUGGUAUACAGCAACUAAAGCGCAAGGAUUUGAUUGGAGAAACGAUAUUCACCAAUGAGAAUGGAUAUGUUACGCCAACCAAACGAAAAACGAAUAUUAAUCAACAUAAUCGAAAGCAGUGGUUGAGAUCAUCAUUAACCAUAGUGUAUAAACAUCUGUUUGAUUACCAUGCCUGUAAACAAACCAUUCCUCAUCGAUUCAAACGAUUGCGUGAUGAUUCUACUGAUGCGCAACAUAAAAAACGAGUUCGUUCAUCGUCAACAAUUCAUGAACACGCAUCAACACCAUCGAAAACGUCGCUGAUGCUAUUACAUGAACUGAAACCUUCGAUCGAAUAUAAACUCGUAGCACAAACAGGUCCAUCUCAUCGACCUAUUUUUACCAUGGCAGUGGAAAUCAAUGGACAGCUAUUCGAAGGCACAGCUCAGACGAAGAAAGAAGCUAAACAAGCAGCGGCAGAAAAAGCUCUUCGGUCAUUGAACGAGUUAACUGUUUCUUUAUCUGAUAGUACCACGAAUAAAUUAGCACCGAUAUCUUCCAAAAUGAUCCGCAUUGGUACAUCUAUGAUGAGCGAAGAUAAUGUACCGGUAGAAAACAUUGAUCGACUUCUUCAACUUCAGCCAGAUGUACAAUUCGAAGAAAUAACUACUGAACAGUUUGGUCAUCAAUUUAUUGUUCGAUUCAGAGAUCAAUCUUUCGUUGGUACUCAUAAAAGCAAAGAGUUAGCGAAAGCAGAAGCGAUGCAACUUGCUCUGAACAAUGUACUUUCAGCAUAUCCUGAUAGAAAGGAAAAUGACAAUUUACCCUACGCCCGUCGUGAAUUUAUUGAUCAUAUUGCCACACGUAUACAAGAGAAGUUCAAUCAAUUGACACAGAGUGAUUUACGUUUUCGACGUCGUCGGGUGCUAGCUGGAAUUGUACUUACACAUGAUUAUAAUCUCGAAACGAUGACAAUCAUUGCUAUAACAACCGGUACAAAAUGUUCACCUGCUGAUACUCAUCUACGACAUACUGGCGAAUCACUGAGUGAUUGUCAUGCGGAAAUUCUCGCACGUCGUUGUUUAAUUCAUUACUGUUAUGAACAAUUGAACUUGCUAGUGGAUGGAAACGUUAGCGAAUCAAUAUUCAAAAGAAUCGAACAGACGAAUCGAUUUCACUUGAAAUCUUCAGUUACAUUUCAUCUGUAUAUAUCCAGUGCUCCUUGUGGUGAUGCUCGACUGUUCACGCCGAAUGAAAGCUCUUUAGUAGAAUCGAAGCAUAUACUUCGAAAAUCAUGUGGAUUGUUAAGAGAAAAACUUACAACGGGCGAAGGAACGAUUCCAGUUUUGACCAAAUCUGAUAGUGAACACUUUUCAAGUAUGUCCUGUUCAGAUAAACUAUGCCGAUGGAAUUUCAUCGGUUUGCAAGGUGCUUUACUCAGCACAUUCGUUGAGCCGAUUUAUUUUACGAGUAUUAUUAUCGGAAGCUUAUACAAGAGCGAACCGAUACGACGCGCAUUAUUUGCACGAAUAGAACAAAAAAUUGAUCAUAUGCCAAUGCCAUAUGGACUACAUCGACCAUUGAUCUCCAGUAUGAAUAAUUCUGAAACUCGAAAUACGAAUCGUGCACCUAGUCAUUCAUUUCUUUGGAGCUGUAUCGAUCGGAACUAUGAAAUUAUCGACAAUUCUACUAGACUGACGAUGCCGCAAGAAUCAUCAACGAUAUCUAAGGCUGCUCUGUUUGAACAAUGGAAAAAUCUAAUGAAGAAAAUUCAACCUGAGACGAUCAUAACAUCGUAUUCUGAUGCAAAACAGUUAGCAAGAGAUUACCAGAUGGCUAAACUUGAGUUGUACAUUUUGCAGGUUAACAACGCAUUUGAGAAAGCUGGUUUGGGUACGUGGCUCAAGAAGUCAUCAUUACUCUCUCAAACCAAUCAAUACAUUCCGUCGAAUCUGUGA